AUGGGACGGUAUAAUUGCACUACUUUGAUUGCCUUGGUUGUGGCUCCACUGUUGCUGCUCAACGAAUGUGCCUUCGCAUUUGGUCCUGCGGCUUCCUCACGACCAAGGACACAGCGGCCUCUUUCCAUUUCCGUCAUUGCAGGCAGCGGAGGCUUUGUGAGGAAGCCUGCGGCUUCCUCACGACCAAGGACACAGCGGCCUCUUUCCCUUUCCGUCUUUGCAGGCAGCGGAGGCUUUGGCGAGCCAAGCGAAUCUCUCGCACCCCGAGAUACCUCGCUGUCAUCUACUGUUGAGGCAGACGAUUAUCUGGUGGUUACCGCCGCUCACAGCCGCCAAAACACCGGCUACCGAUUGUUCUCGGAUGAUGACUCAUCCGAGAGUUUCGCAAAAUUUGAUCUCUCGGAAUCGAUUGUUGGAAAUGGCAUGAGUCUCGAAAAGCCGUCGCUCAACUUUGCACGGUUCUUGGUAUUGGCGGCCAGUGCUGUCUAUGGGACAAACUUUGCCGUCGUCAAGGUCAUUGAUGAACAAAUACCCUUUGCGGUAUCUGCUGUCCUUCGGUUUGGUCUGGCAGCUGCCGUGGUCACCGCCAUGGUUCUGCAAGGAGAGGGCAAGCAAAAUCUCAAGGCUUCAGUUACGGAGAUUGAGGAACGGUUGCCAGCGACCUUGGCAGGCAUGGAAAUUGGAGGAUGGUACUGCAUGGGCUACCUCGCGCAAGCCAUUGGAUUGCAGACUGCCGAUGCCAGCAAGAGUGCCUUUUUCAACGCCCUGGCAGUGAUUGUGGUCCCAUUGUUGGAUUCUUUUCUUGGUGGGAAACGCAUGGGAGCCAAGGGACUAUCUUCCGUGGCCUUGGCAAUCCUGGGAGUAGGCAUCUUGCAGCUGGGUCCCUCUUUCCUCACCGGGACACCAAUGUCAUUUAGUCAAGGGGAUGCAUUUUGCUUGGCGCAGGCUGCCAUGUUUGGGGUGGGAUACUGGCGCCUGGAACAAAUAUCCAGUCAGUAUCCAACUCAAGCAGGCCGGAUUACAGUCGGACAACUCGUUGGAGUGGCAAUGGGGGCAACAAUCUUUUGUGGUGUGACUGAAGACAUCCCCGCUACCUUGCAGCAAAUGCCGGAUUGGAUGAGCGACGGGCUCUUGGUUGGUGGUUUGGCCUGGACAGCGUUGGUAUCCACGGCCCUGGCCUUGUACCUGGAGACAAUCGCACUCAAGACAGUAUCCGCUGCCGAGUUGACUGUGCUCAUGACGAGUGUUUCUCUCUUUGGGUCCGCCUUUGCAUAUGUGACUAUGGGAGAGACUAUGACUCCCAUUGGCAUGGUAGGUGGCCUAUUUAUCUUGGGGGGUUGUAUCUUUUCAUCGGUUGGAGGCAGCGAAGCAGCAGUAGAAGAAAUCAACCAAGAUGGCCUUCUUGAUUAUGCGAGCACAUCUUUGCCACCGUCAUCCAUUGACGAGGAAGGCACCAGCAGCGGUCAGGUAGAAGUUCCAACUCGAUUCGCCUUCGCAAAUGCCACAGCAGGCGGAUUGUAUCAAUAG